AUGGCAAUCGGUGAUGCUCGUAAUGUUAUCGAACCACUGUUGGCCAAUUACGUAUGCACCUUCAAUAGUGGUUAUUUCGAGCGCAUGAAAGGAUUUUAUCACAAGAACGCUGUGAUGGUCGAGAAAGACAAAAGCGUAUUGUGGGGUCAGAAAGCCUCGCUGUUGCAAAUGACUACUGAGUGUGGGGAAACAAGAAUGGAGGUCUCUAACUCAAAAUAUGACGGCGUUGGAGACUUUCUCAAUGUGACCACCGAUUUUGCCUCACUGAGAAGGUGA